CGGAGCGUCUGAAUGAGACGGAGAAUACACCCUAUCAGGGAAAUCGGGCAGAGGAUGGGCAACCGUGAUGUCUGCCGUUUGAAAUGGCCCCGUAUCCAGCGGUUAUAACCGGCCCGGCGCUGUGACCGAAGCCCCGAGGAGAGUCAGGAAAAACCUGGAUGUUCUGUGAGAGCUGCGCCCUCCACCCCGCCUGCAGGCUCGUCGUCAGGACCAGUUUUUACAGCCAGGUGUGAGACUGUGUGGCGUCUGGUCUUCCAGUUCUCCAGGUGGAUCCAGGCCAGAGACAGCAGCGGUGAAGAUGGGAGGUGGAGGCCAGCUCAAGGAGCCCGUGGAGCCGGGCAGUGGCAGGGAUACAGGUGUCUACACCUGGGAGGAGGUGCAGAAGCACAGCAGCAGGAAUGAUCAGUGGCUGGUCGUCAAUAGAAAGGUGUACAACACCACUCAGUGGGCCAAAAGGCACCCGGGAGGGUUUCGGGUCAUCAGCCACUACGCUGGGGAGGAUGCCACGGAGGCAUUCACUGCUUUUCAUCCUGAUCUUAAGUUUGUGCAAAAGUUCCUGAAGCCCCUGCUGAUCGGCGAGUUGGCAGCGACAGAACCCAGCCAGGACCGGAAGAAAAAUCGGAUGAUCGUACAAGACUUUGAGGCCCUUCGAGUGCAGGCAGAGAAGGACGGUCUGUUUCGAACGAAGCCGUUGUUCUUCUGCCUCCACCUGGGCCACGUCCUGCUGCUGGAGGCCCUCGCGUGGCUCACCGUCUGGCUCUGGGGGACGAGCUGGACACUGACGUUACUGUGCUCACUGAUCCUGGCAACAGCUCAGUCUCAGGCAGGCUGGCUGCAGCACGACUUUGGUCACCUCUCUGUCUUCAAAGCAUCCAAGUGGAACCACCUGGUGCACAAAUUUGUAAUUGGACAUUUGAAGGGAGCUUCAGCCAACUGGUGGAACCAUCGACACUUCCAGCAUCACGCCAAACCCAACGUCUUCAGCAAGGACCCGGACAUCAACAUGCUGGAGAUCUUUGUGCUCGGGGCCACGCAGCCGGUGGAGUACGGGAUGAAGAAGAUCAAACGCAUGCCGUAUAAUCUGCAACAUCAGUACUUCUUCCUCGUGGGACCGCCACUACUCAUUCCAGUUUACUUCCACAUUCAGAUCAUGAAGACCAUGAUUACCCGCCGCGACUGGGUGGAUCUGGCCUGGUCCCUGUCAUAUUAUCUCCGUUACUUCUCCUGUUACAUACCCUUCUAUGGCAUUUUUGGCUCGGCGGCGCUCCUCAGCUUUGUCAGGUUUUUGGAGAGCCACUGGUUCGUGUGGGUGACUCAGAUGAACCAUCUGCCGAUGGAGAUUGAUCACGAGAAGCGCCAGGACUGGCUGAGCAUGCAGUUACACGCCACCUGUGAUAUUGAGCAGUCCUUCUUCAAUGACUGGUUCAGUGGACACCUCAACUUCCAAAUCGAACACCAUUUGUUUCCCACGAUGCCACGCCACAGCUACGGCGCCGUGGCCCCACAGGUCCGUGCGCUGUGUGAGAAACAUGGGAUUCCUUACAAGAUGAAAAGCUUGUGGCGAGGCAUGGUUGAUGUUGUCAGGUCACUAAAAACCUCCGGGGAUCUCUGGCUCGAUGCAUAUCACCACAAAUAAAAAGCAGCGUUUACAAGGAGACAAGCUUUUCUCCACUUUUGCAUUCAAAUUGAUUGUAUCUGUGUGACUUUGAGCAUCCAGUUAAUCAUGUUUGAUUCAUGGCUUUUUUGUAGUUGUUAUAAGCAAGUCUGAUUUAGCGCUCAGAAGUGCAAUAUUUUUUGUGCACGGAGGAUUUUCAAGUGUCUUAAUCAGCAUGUAGGGUGAUGUUUUAGUUUGAUUUAUAACUGAAUUAUUCAAAAUGUUUCCUACAUUUUUCUAGCGUGUUGUACAAGUGGAACAAUAACAGUAAUUACUGACAAUCAAAAAAACCAAAAGAAAAAAAAAACCAAACCAAUGUUCUUUAAAUCAAAAUCUUCAAUGUAUAACUUUUACAAUUGCAAUUGUUCUUUCAAUAUACAAUAAAGGAAUUGUGUUGAUUAGUCUUGGGCCUUAAGUGCUAGCACAGAGACAAACGGUAAGAGUGAUGCUUGGGAAAUAAA